CUCGAAUAUUUGAUGUUUCUAUUUUUUGCUCAUUCGUCACAAGUUCUCGCGAACAACGGUCAUAUUAACCACCUCCCUUCGAGACCGCCACCAUGCGCGGCGUCUCCCUCCUAGCUAGAAGAGGGCGCAUAGAUCAAUUGGGACUUCGGAGAGACUACAUUUGUCGCCAAUGUAGAGCUAUCCAGCUCAGUUCCUCCCCCACUACCGGGUCGCCUCGCCUCGGGGGAGAUGUCUUCGGCACGUCCAUUGAUGUCUCUAAAGAUGUUGCGGAUGCUAGAUUUGAAGUGUUAGGGACGCCGUAUUCCCUCCUCUCGGUGUCUCUGUCGGCUUCGCAGAGGCUGUACACACGUCGCGGAACAUUAGUCGCAGUGUCGGGUAAAGCGCAAAAUGCGCAAUCGACCCUCUCCUUACUCUCACCUUUUACGCGAGCCGUCACAGGAGUCCCCUUCCUCUACCAACGCAUAUCCUCCACAACUCCGCUCACGGCAUUAAUAUCUACUAAGUCACCUACGACUACAUUUUCUAUACUGCACCUUGAUGGGACGACAGAUUGGAUGGUAGCGCAAAGAUCGGCGCUUCUCGCGUGGACUGGACAUUCAUUGAGCGUAACUCCCCGAAUCCAAUAUCGACUCCCAGUCGCCCACUGGGGUUCGUCCGAGUUGACCGGCCGAGGACUUGCUGCAUUAUCUGCACCAGGACACAUAUACCAACUUACCUUGGCGGAAGAGGAGGAAUUCGUAGUUCACCCCUCGAACGUGGUAGCUUAUACGGUGACAAAGCACCCACCUUUGCCCUUCAGAUUCAAGAGCUCGGGCAUUAGAUUCCAGGUACCUUCGAUUACGACAUGGCUAGGGGAUAACAAGUUCCUGAAGACAAUGCGCGGGACCGAGACUUACAAGUUCCUUUCCCGAGUCCUAUUUAGUCUCCGCACGACAGCGAGACGCACGAUAUGGGGUGAUAGGCUAUUCUUACAAUUCCGAGGCCCAACCACGAUACUCAUGUCGAGCAGAGGCACUCGGAUUAGCGACGUGCUCACGAGUGCAGACGUCAAUGAGCUUGCCGACGCCCCUAUGGGAGAGGUCCCCGCUACCGUGGAGUUGGUAACGAAGCCGAAGCCCGACGUCACACCGAAGACGAAGGAUGCGGCGGAGGUCAAGAUAAAUGUGGCGAGCGUUGGACAAGACGGAAAGGUCUCGUUUGCCGACGCCAAAAAUCUUAAAGACUUUGAGAAGUCAUAAUAGAUUGGCAGUUCUACCGUCAUUAAAAACUAAAUAAGUUAUUGUAUCAUACAGCCGGCCAUAGCAUAAUGAUUACUGGGGGCUAGUUUCCUCCUAGUUCCCUUGGUGAAAUUUAGGAAGCAUUACACGAUAUAGUAUCAAGGUUGCAGCAUAAACAAAAACCCCAAUAAUUAGGUCAGCAUUCUGUUAGUUACACUUGUUAACGUAUGUGACAAAUUAUCUUGGAGCCCCGAGAAAUUCAUGUAGGGUCGAGCAUUUCU